CCUAACCAGUAGUGCUACACCGAAGACCGUUACCGUUUGACGUCCGUCCGUGCAACUGUUUGCCAUACGUCUCCGUCGUCUUGCCUCGACCGUCUUAUUUAUUAUUAUUAUUAUUAUUAUUAUUAUUGUACGCUCUAUAGUGUGUCUGUGCGCCCGUCAUUAAUAAAUUCGUUUUGGAUUUUGUAUUGAUCAUUAUUUUUACAAAAAUUGUUAAAAGAAAAUUUUUUUUUAUAAAUAUUAUUAAUUCGUCCGGUGUUUCAUACACUCGAGUGUGCAUGUGCAGUGUGAACCAUGAUCAUGAGUAACGAAAACCAAUAUUUGAGACCGGAUUAUUUAACUCCUUUACCGUCGUUGGACGCUAAAAACAGUCCACUGGCGCUGUUAGCACAAACAUGCAGUCAGAUCGGAUCUGAUGCACCGGCGCCUCAGAACGGCAAGACAACCUCAGACAAGAACGGCAASCAUCAUAAGAAGACGUCGUCGUCACUUUCUUCGUCAUCUUCGUCAUCCUCCGAUCAUGGAGGCGGUGUCRRUGGUGGUAGAGAUAAGCGUUCGCCGUCGUUAUCAUCAUCGUCGUCGUCGUCGUGUUCGAAUAGUGGUUCACCGCCUGGCCGGACAUCGGUUGUCCACCAUCACCUGCAGCCAGCCCCAAUUACCUCCGUCACCACCACGGCCCGGUCCAGUUUUAAACCGUACGAAUCGUGCGUGUUGCGACCGGCCGCUGAAGUGGCUGCGGCUGCGGCCGCAACAGCUGCUGCCACUGCCAAUUCCACGUCAAUCARCCUGGACGCGACCAUAAGAAGAACGACACCCGUGGCCACAAAUGGAGGCGGUGACCGGUGCAGCAGCAAAGAAAGUGCUUCGAGUCGCAAGUCGACAGCGGAAGAUGCGGCGACCGCAAGCAGAAAACACAGCGAACAAUCGCAUAACAAACUCUCGUCGUCUUCGGCUACUUCGGUGGCCGCUCUAAUGGCAGCCGCUGGUUAUCCGUCACCGCAUCACCACCCACAGUUGUCGGCGCAUCCUCACCACCAUCACCACAUGGCAGCAUUAGGGGGCUCGCCCCUGAUGAGCYCCUACUUCAGGCCUGGUGCCGGGGCACCACCGCUACCGUGUCGUGACCCGUACUGCGCUGGAUGUCAGCUGGCCGCUCACUUGGCCGCCGGCAAACAACAGCCGACGGCCACGUGCCCUUCCGGUUGCACGCAAUGCGAUGCUAGUCCGAAGACGGUGUCAGUAGCGGCCGCUGCCGCUGCCGCCGCUCACCACCAACACCAACAGCAGCAGCACCAACAGCAGCAGCAACACCACCAUCACCACACGAUGGCCGCGGCGUACGCGCACGCCCAACUAGCCGCACUAGCCGCGGCCGCCAGCCAAUUGCCGUACGUGUGUUCGUGGAUGGGCGCUGACCUGCCGUCGUAUUGCGGCAAGCGGUUCGGCACGUCCGAUGAGCUGCUCCAACAUCUGCGCACGCACACCUCUGACCCGGCGGCUGCGCUGCCGCUGUUGCAACGCUCGUAUCCAACGCCCCCGCUCAGUCCGUCUGCCACAGUCAGUCGGUAUCACCCGUACGCGAACGGAAAACACCACUCGCCGUACGGUUUUCCAUCCGGUUACCCGUCAUCGCCACUGGCCAUGCAGCCGCACCCAGGCCUGCUGCCGCCAUACUUCCCCGCGGUCGCCUAUUCGCCAUAUGCUGCGGCCGCGGCCGCUGCCGCAGCUCCGCGACUAGGCACGUCGCCGCACACAUAACUCUGCUGCCGACAAUUUUAAAGAAUUGUUUAUAUUAUUAUUAUUAUUAUCAUCAUGAUCGCCGUACCGCCGUUAUAGUCACGAWUGUUGUUAGCCGAUUAGCGAAAUUUGUUUUUAUUUUAUUUACGUUUACUUAGCAUCAUAAUACAUAAUAUUAUUAUUGUUUCAACAACAAAAACUGAAUAUAUACCUACACCAACUAUUAUUAAAUCGCAGUCGCUGGUCCACGUUAAUUUUUAUUUAAUUUGAAUAACUAAACAAUUUAUUAAAAUUUGAUGAUUGGCCCGCAUUUUUUCUUAAUUGGUAAUAGUAUUAUAUUAAGUUAUUACGUAUAUAUGUACCUAUAUAUUUUUUAUUUUGUUACUGACUACGUUACCUUG